AUGGCCAAUGCAAUGCUGGCGGGGGUUCCUCCAGUUUACGGGCUGUACUCUUCUCUCUAUCCUCUCAUCAUAUACUUUAUCUUUGGCACUUCCAGACAUCUCUCCAUUGGUACGUUUGCGGUCUUGGCGAUCAUUAUUGGCUCCGUCACAGCUGAUGUAGAACAGAAUGCGGCUGGAGCAGAGGUUGAUGUGGAGACAGCCAAAGUGAAUAUGGCCAUACAGCUCACCUUUAUGUGUGGACUCAUCCAGUUGGCGUUGCUGUUGCUAGUGGGAGGAGGGGUGGUGCGCUGGCUCUCUGCGUCUGUGAUUCGAGCGUAUGUGGCCGCGGGUGGGAUGCACGUCAUCAUUCUACAGCUGCCUCUGAUGAUGGGCCUCCAGACCCACAGAUACUCUGGACUGCUGCCUUCACUAUGGACUCUACGGGACGUGCUGUGUGGUGCCUCCUCCUCCCUCCCUGCUGCUCUGGUCCUGUCUUCAGUCUCCAUUGUGGUUCUGAUCGGAGGAAAACUUCUGAACAACAGAUUCAAACACAAACUCCCUGUGGCCAUGCCCUGGGAGCUCAUCAUGAUCAUCGUGAGCACUUUAGUGUCCGUGCAGAUGGACCUGUCCGGGUCGUACCAUGUGCAGGUGGUGGGGCACAUUCCCAGUGGCCUCUCCCUCCCCUCCCUUCCCUGUCUCUCCUCCCUCUCCUCUCUCCUCCUCCCUGCCCUCUCCGCUGCUCUGGUUGGAUUCAGCUUCCUCUCCGCCCUCGGCACAGUCUUUGCCCAAAAACAUGGAUACAAAGUGAACCACAACCAGGAGCUGUUGGCGUUGGGUCUGUGUAACUCGGUGGGAUCCAUGUUCCAGUGUUUUACAGUCAGCUGCUCUUUCUCCAGAAGUACUGUGCAGGACAGCAUCGGCGUCAAAACUCAGGUGGCUGGUUUGGUGUCAGCUUCGAUGAUUUUACUGAUUUUGCUGAAGAUCGGACACCUAUUUGAACAACUGCCAAAGUGUGUCUUGGCUGCAGUGAUCGUGGUUAACCUUCAGAAAACUGUGACACAGCUCAGAGACGUGUGUGAGCUCUGGAGGACAGACAGGACAGACCUGUGUGUUUGGGUGGCCUCUUUCUUCUCCACUCUGGUCUUCAACCUGGACUUGGGGCUGGCUGUGUCUGUGGUCAUCUCCCUGCUCUCUGUGCUCUACAGGACUCAGCGCUUGUCAGGGGCUCCUGUCAUUCUGGGUCAAAUAUCGGACACAGGCCUUUAUAGAGAUGCCAAAGUUUUCUCACAGGCCAAACUGGUCCCAGGAGUAAGUGUCCUGUCUUGUCCUGGUUCACUCUACUUCGUCAACAGUGACCUGAUCUUCAGCUCUGUCAGAGAGACAAUAAAGGCUAUGAUGGUUUCACCUGAGGGUCAGUCCACCCCUCUCACCUCCUCUUCCUCCUCUUCCUCCUCUUCCCCCUCUUCCCCUCAAACCCGAUCUUUAGUCCUGGAUUUCAGCUCAGUCCAGUUUGUAGAUUCUGUGGCCAUGAAAGCUCUCUCAAAGGUGAUGGAGGAGGUGGAGUCUGUAGGAGGGACGGUGGUGAUCGCAGCGUGUUCAGAGUCUGUCCUAACUCAAAUGAGGAGCUCUGUGUCCAGCUCCUGUCUGUUCCCUUCUGUUCACUUUGCUGUACAACACUGUGUGCACUCAAUGACAACGACGAAUGUGGAAGAAUCAAAUCCAGAUUGUCCUCAGACUUAGAGCUGAUUCUGUCUGAAGAUAUCAAAUAUGUCAGAAAUGGAAGAGAUCUCACUCCCUCACAAACAUGGGGACAGAAAACACCAG